AUGAAAUCGUAUCAUUCACUUCGAUCAGUUACAACAACUAAAAGAGCAAAAGAUCAUCAAUCUAUUUAUCAUAAAUUCAAUAAACAUUGUACUGGAUGUAAUCAGCCUAUAUUCGAAAAACUUUAUCUUGGAUUAUCAGAUGGACAAUUAUGGCAUAUGAAUUGUUUAAUUUGUCAUACAUGCGGAAAGUGUUUAGAUAAAGAAAUUAGUUGUUUUAAUCGAUAUGGACAAAUUUAUUGUAGAAAAGAUUAUGAACAACUUUUUGGAUCAAUCAAACCGACACCGGUAUGUACACACUGUAAACAAUUAAUCAAUCCAAAUGAAUUAGUCCUAAAAUCAAUAAAUCAAUUAUUAUUUCAUUCAGAAUGUUUUUCAUGUAAUAUAUGCCAUCGUAUAUUAAAAUGUGGUGAUCGAUAUGAAUUAAAUAUAAUCAAUAAUCAACCAAUAUGUUGGGAACAUUGUCACCGUAACCUUCAUCAUCAUCAUCACCAACAUACCAAUCAGUCGUUUCAGCCUUUCCCUCAUCAUGUAUGGAGUCCAUUAACAACUACCCAUAAUAAUAGUAAUAAUGAACAAAUUAUCAGUUCAACACAUGAAUACGAAGAUGAAAAUAAUUUAAAAGUAAAUACUCAUCAACACGAAAUAUCAUUCAAAGGAAUCAACAAUCAGUCACUUUGUUCAACUAAUGAAAAUAAUCAUGCAAAGUUAUUUAAUGUUGGCCAAGUUACUUCAAACAGGAAUAUUGAACAGGAUGUUGAAGAAUUACCGAAAAAUGCUACUUUUCAAAUGGAACUACAUGAAAACAAUAAUAAUAAGUCUAAUUUUGUUGAAAGUAGUAUGGAAAAACAAAAGGCAGUAGUCAGUAGUAUCGCUGAUAAACAGGAGUAUAAAAGUGAGACAAGUAAAAUAAAUCCAUAUUUCAUUCCACUAGUCAAUAAAAAUAAUUCAUUAAUCGAUUCACCGUCUAAUGAUUCAUUCUUCAUUCAAACAAAUAAAUCUUCGAAUGUACCAUUUCAUUAUUUACCUCCAUUAUUACGUCAUUCAUCACCCAACAACUUACCAUUUAUACCAUUCAAUCCAAUGUGCAAAUUAGAAAAUAAUCCUUUAGGAAUGGGGUUACCAAUGCCUUCUUCACCCCUGUGCCCCUCUUAUCCUUGCUCACUAACAUCCUCCUCAACAACGUUGUCAACUUUUCCUUCUACAACAGCUAGUUUCAACAGCAACAGAGACAACAUCACUACUGCUUCCCCCACCCCGAUUCCACUAUCCACACCAUCAUCAUCACUAUCAUUAUCACCACCAUCAUCGACAUCUGGAGUGAGAUUCGCGACAAAACAUUUCGAUAUUUCCCCGUUGAAUUAUUCAUCAUUACUAUCGUCAAAUCAUUCUUCAUCAAUUAUUGAUUUUAUUGAUUCAAAGAAUUCUUUAUCACAUGGUAAUCCUACUGAUUCAACAUCAUUAUUAAUUCAACAAGUACAACAGAAAAGAAAUCGUAAACGUAGAAAUGGUAUAAACCAAGUAUUCGACAAUGAUUGUUUUAAUGGCAGUGGAAAUUUCUGUCUUGGAAUAACUGCUAGACAAAAACGUAUGCGUACAUCAUUCAAGCAUCAUCAACUGAGAACAAUGAAAGCUUAUUUCAAUAUGAAUCAUAAUCCUGAUGUUAAAGAUUUGAAAGUGUUGACAGAGAAGACAGGAUUAUCAAAACGUGUUUUACAAGUUUGGUUUCAAAAUGCCCGCGCAAAAUACCGACGUAAUUUAGUUCGUCAAGAGACACCAACAUCUAUAAAUAGUAGUGGGAACAACAACAACAACAAUGGCAAUAACAAUAAUCAUACUAACAGCAAGACAAACAAUAAUCUAAUGUCUUCGUCCAACGGUGGUUCAUCUUCAGAAAUGCUUGUCAAUUCAAUAUCAGAAUGUGAUAGCCAGUCUAGUCAUAUUAAUCAAGAUGAAUAUACUACGACUGUAAGUCAGACAACACCAUCUUCAACCUCUCCGCAUAAGAAUGAUCUGACUCAAGAUGAUGAUGAUGAUGGUGUUGUGGAUGAUGAUGAUGAAGACGAAGUGGAAUAUGAAGACGAUGGCGGUGGUGGUUAUGAAAACGAUGGUGACGGUGAUGAUGAUGAUGAUAUGGGAUAUGACGCAGAAAAUGUCAAACAGGCUGAUGACGAUGACGAUGGUAAUAAUAAUAUCACUGACAAUGAAGGAAGAAAUAAUGAAAGCAAAGAGAAUGAUAAAUAUGAAUGCCUACACAAUGAUAAUCCGUAUCGUAAGAAUGAUGAACAGUCCAAUAAUAAAUUUGACUUAUUCAACUGUAGAGAUAAUCAAUGUCACUUUCAGUAUCCACACUGUCAGCGAUUAACGGAACAAACAGAUAAGUUAUUUACCCAUAAAGGACAACUACAGCGGCAGCAGCAACAACAACAAUUACUGAUUUUCCACCAUGUAUCACAUCAAUGAACUCAUCGACAUUAUCUCCUGCUUUUACAGACCAUAUGGAAUACCACAGCAUAGUAAUAAUAGUAAUGCUAAUAAUACUAGUUGUAAUAUCCCUACUUAUGGAUUAUUACAAACAAAUAAAAUAUUUCUUGAAAAUGAACAUCAACUGACUACUAACUUAAUAAACUAUCCAGGUGAGCUGAAUAACUUUCUUCUACCGAAUAAAUGUCCUACAGUGAAUCGUUUCCCUUUAACUGGUAUUCAUUGAAAUGAGCACUAUGGACUGACUGUACACACACACACACACACACUAAAAAAGCACACCAGACAUAAUAAUCACCAUCAUAAGAUACAGUUUUUUUCUUGGAAAAUUAAGCUUAGCUAUAUAAGUAGUAUCUUACUCUCCUCCCCCCAAAUAAAAGAGUAAUAUGCCAAAGAACUUAUUAAUCAGUUUUUUUCUUUUAUCGUUUUUUUUGCAUUCAUUCACUGAAAUGAAGAGUCCUUAAAAAAAACUUUCUUUCCCUCUCUUUUAUUGUUUUACCAGUAAUACAAUUAACUAAUUUUAUGCUUAUACUAACUGCUGUUAUUAUCAGUAUUAUCACCAAUGUUAUUAUUAUUAUUACUGACAUGCGUCCUUGUUACACUCAACUGUGCCUAAAUUAUCAAUAUACUGACUAUUAUAACAAUAAUGUCAAUAAUAAUAGUAACACUAGUAGCUAUAAUAAUAAAAAUAAUGGAGGCUAUGGCAAAUAUAUGACUAAUCGAUCAAUGUAUUUAUUCACAUAUUAUUAUUGAUUAUUUCGCUCAAGAGAUUGUUUCAUUAAAAGGGGAAUGUUGAAUUACUUCUCUUAGCAAAACAGACAGGAAAUAUACAGAUAACUAAAAACAAGAAAAAGAAUUUUAUAUAAUCAUUAGUGGUCGUGGUAGUGCUAGCAGUAGUAGUAGUAGCGUAACGAUAGAAG